ACUUUUACUCCAACGGAAGUCGUAUGGGAAGUGACAGUCGGGGAACCAGGAAGCUUUAAAGAUGGAUACCCGAUUCACUAAGGGGAAGUCUGCUAUUCUCGAGCGCUCUCUGACCCGUCCAAAGACGGAGGUCAGUUUGAGCGCUUUCGCCCUGCUGUUUUCCGAGAUGGUGCAGUACUGCCAGAGUCGCGUGUACUCCGUGGCCGAACUGCAGGCGCGUCUGGCGGACAUGGGGCAGAGCGUGGGUGCCAGCAUGCUGGAUGUCUUGGUGCUCCGUGAGAAAAACGGCAAAAGAGAGACAAAAGUACUCAACAUAUUGCUGUUUAUCAAGGUGUCUGUAUGGAAAGCUCUAUUUGGGAAGGAGGCUGACAAACUGGAGCAGGCCAAUGACGAUGACAAGACCUACUACAUCAUUGAGAAGGAGCCACUCAUCAAUGCCUACAUCUCUGUCCCCAAAGAGAACAGUACUUUGAACUGUGCCUCCUUCACAGCUGGCAUUGUGGAGGCCAUCCUGACCCACAGUGGCUUUCCGGCAAAAGUCACUGCCCACUGGCACAAGGGCACCACGCUGAUGAUCAAGUUUGACGAAUCGGUCAUCGCCCGGGACAAAGCCCUGGACAGUAGAUAGAGAAAACUGCGUAAUGCAGCAGGAAUAUGGUUGAUUGGUCCAUGCAUCUGCAUCAUCACUGACUUAUAAGUAUCUCAAGAAAUGGAAUGUUUGUUGUUGUGCAACUUGACCGAGUGUGCGCGUGUGUGACGACUGAAAGAUGAGUUGGAUGGCUUCAAGAAGGACUUCCUAUUUGUUAUGGAUGUGCUUCUCAGCUACUGUUAAAUGCAAUGAGAAUAUAAUUUUGCUAUUGACAGAUACAAACAAAUUUGUCUAUUAUAUUUAGUAGACUGAGGAUCAUGAAAGUUGUGUGAUGUCAUAAUUCAUUGACAUGUCUCCUGACCUGAAAAUGGAGGCUAACACUUUUUCUUGGUAUACUUUUUAGUACCACUAGUGAAAAAUACAGUAUUGGUUUAUAUUACAGUAGAGCCAGUGCUGUGUGUGUGUGUGUGUGUGCUAUAUGUCAGUCAUAAUGCUGAAAAGCUGCUUUUGUUUUAUUUUGAAACCUAUUUCCAUAUUUGUGAUGCAGAACUAUUUAAAUCUUGUCUUAUUCAUCUGUCACUCUGUGUGUCCAGUACUUUCUUAGUUGGCUGGGUGUUAUAUUAAAAGAUAAUAAGUUUGUGAACUCAUGAUUAAACAGAGUUUUGGUUACUGUG